UGCAGGCCUCUGCCCAUCAGUCGAUCCAUUGGCCGAGAGAGAAACGCAUUGACUGUUUUCACAGACGCUCUGCUCUCUCGUCUCCGGCUCGGUUGGUUGAUUUGUGUCGAGCUUGCAGCUGGUGCUAAGAUGGGUUCCGCCGGUGGCGCGUGUCUGGCUGCCUUGGCCGUCUUGCUCCUCGUGAUCACGACGGCGUCCGCGGCGAAGUACACCGUCGGCGACAGCUCCGGCUGGACCACCGGGGCGGACUACACCACCUGGGCCAGCGACAAGAAGAUCAAAGUCGGCGACUCCCUCGUGUUCAACUACGCCGGCGGGGCGCACAACGUGGCGGAGGUGAGCGCGGCGGACUACGCGUCGUGCUCCGCCGCCAACGCGCUCAGCAGCGACGGCAGCGGCACCACCACCGUCGCGCUCAAGACCGCGGGGAAGCACUACUUCAUCUGCGGUGUCACCGGCCACUGCAGCAGCGGCAUGAAGCUCGCCGUCGACGUCGCCGCCGCCACCGCCGCCUCGCCGCCCAAGGCGUCCCCGACGACCCCGGACGCCCCCGACACCCCCUCCACAACGCCGACGUCCCCGUCCACCCCCGGCGCCACGCCCAAGACCCCCGCGACCGUGCUCGCGCCGCCGGCCAAGCAGUCGGAGUCCGGCGCCAGCGAGCUCAGGGCCACGGCGGUGGCUGGCCUGGGCGCCAUCGCCGGGCUGGUGGCCGCGGGGCUCUUCUAGAGGGGCGAGGCCAGGAUGGAGGCAGUGCUGUACGUACGUACGUACGUUAGGUUGCAUGUCGUCGAUCAGCUCAUCGUGUCAGUCGUUUCUCGUUUGUUGAGGAGGCCAUCUUUCUUUUGACGGAGGGGACUAGCUUUUGUUGUGGUUGGCAGUCACGGUGGUUGGGUACCUUGGAUUCUAUGUUAUGAUUUUUUUUUACAUCA